AACUGGGAGAAGAACCGUUUAGUUGUCGAGAUUCGGUGCUGUUCGUGUGGAUGUAAUCGUUAGGGUGGUUCUGGAUCGGUCGGUUCUUCACCCAUAUCGCCAUGGAUCACGUGGGGGUGGUCAAGCGUAAGCAAAACGCAAGAGAAAGAGCGAAUGUGGCUUCUAAGCUAACUUUUACGUACACAAGAGGUUUAUUCAAAAGAUCUUGGAAGAAAGAUUUGGAAGAGGACGACUUGUACGAUGUAGUAAGAUCUUGUGAAGCUAAGAAAAACGGUGAUAAAUUCGAAAAAGAAUGGAGAGGUCACGUGAGCAAAGGAAAAACUUCAAUACUGCCAGUUAUGUGGCGAUGUUUCGGCUGGCAGUAUAUUUUCUUGGGAGCCUUAAAUCUUUCCUGGAAACUAGUUAGCAGUAUAUACGAACCUGAAGCAAUCUCAAAAUUCGUUUCCUACUUCGACCCCAAGCAAACCACCAUAACCUUCCAAGAUGCAAUCUUCUACGCCGGAGUAAAGAUCGGACUGAAGUUCGGCCACGCCCUUUACCUCCAGAACUACUUCAUCUACGUGCAGCAGCUGGCCAUCCGUAUCAGGACCUCGUUCUGCUCGCUGGUGUACCGCAAGGCGCUCAAACUCACCCCCACCGCCAUGAACGAGAUCAGUUUGGGCAACGUCAUCACCAUCAUCACCAAGGACGUCAUGGUGUUCGAGCACAACAUGAUGCUGUUCAACGACAUGUGGAUCGAGCUGAUCCGGCUGGCGGUCGUCUGCUAUUUGUUGUACAACAAAAUGGGCGUGACGGGAUUCGUGGGUGUUGGCGUGUUGCUUAUCAUAGUUCCAGUUCAAAUUUAUGUGGCAAAAUUAAUCAAAAACAUGAGAUUGGAUUUAUGCAAGAAGACCGACGAAAGAUUGCAAACUACCCAGGAAACGCUGUCGGCGAUGAAAAUCAUAAAAAUGUACACUUGGGAAAGAAUAUUUUCUGGAAAAGUUGAGGAGAGGCGAAGACUGGAAAUGACGUUCCUGAUGAGGUCGCUCUAUUUACGUACGGCCAAUUUCAUUGUCGGCAUGCUAAUGUCCAAAGUGGGCUUUUACGCCCUCAUCAUGACCUACAUUUACGUCAACAAAACCGCCAACGCCGGCGUCAUUUUCUACGCCAUGAAAGUCUUCGGCGACAUCAGACAGUCUAUUGCCAUCCUCAUCCCCUUCGGCCUGGGAAGGGGCGCGGAAUUAUUUGCAGCCACCCAACGAAUUAACAAAGUUCUUGGUGCCGAGGAAUUGGACGAGCACGAACACCACACUAUGGGAAAACCCAGAGUCAAACUAUCCAACGUCGACGUCAAUAUCAAAGAGAACCCUAUACUUAAAAACAUCUCUGUCGAACUCAAACCCGGAUUAACUAUAGUAACAGGUCCUUUAGGGUGUGGAAAAAGCUCCUUACUGAAGUUAUUCCUCAAAGAUUACCCAAUAUCCGACGGAAAAAUCUUGUCCGAAGCUACGUUUUCGUAUAGCUCCCAAGAUCCGUGGCUUUUCCCUUCAUCCAUUAAACAAAACAUCAUUUUCGGUGAACCUUACAACGAAGAAAGGUACAGAGAGGUGGUAAGGGUGUGCGCUCUUCAGUACGACUUCAACAUGUUCGAUAAAGGUGACGAAACCAUCGUGGCAGACAGAGGAAUCAACCUAAGCGGCGGACAGCAAGCUAGAAUCAAUCUGGCCAGAGCCAUAUACAAAAUAAGCGACGUGUAUCUUUUAGACGACCCCCUUCACGCUCUCGACCCGAAAGUCCAGGACUACAUUUUCCAGAAUUGUAUCCAGCAAUUCCUCAAAGACGAGAUCUGCGUCCUGGUCACGCACAAUCUCAAACAUAAAAACAGCGCGGAUACCUUAAUCGUAAUGAAAGAAGGCGAGGUAAAAUACGAAGGUCGACCCGCCGAGGUGAAAGUAGAUAUCAUCAAAGAAAUUGAAUUAGAAGAAAACGAGGAACAUCAGAAAAAAGAAGAAGAGGAUGAAAAUGAUAAGGCUACGGAAAAUUCGAAAUUGAUUAAGAGGAAGCCGGGUGGAAGGAAGAAGGUGUAUAGCGAAGUGAAGAAGACUGGGAAAGUUGAAUUUGCUGUAUUUAGAAAGUAUUUUGCUUUCGGUGGUGGAUUUCUGGUGUUUCUGGCCAUCACCUUAUUGUUUUUGGGCUCCGAAUUCACCGAGAGUUACGCAUCUAGGCUACUGACUAAUUGGAUCAACCUGGAACAAAAAGCUUCAAAUGUAGGUGCAGGUAACGAAACGGCUAUGCACUCCCAACCCUUUAUCAAGCUUCAGGAAAAAGCCAGUUUCACACUGAAGCUAUAUUCUGGAAUGAUCCUGGGUUCUGUCGUUCUGGACCUCCUGAAACAAUGGCUGUUUAUCAAUUUUUCCAGAAAGGCUUCUGUAAAUCUGCACAACACCAUGAUUGAGAAGCUAACCACCGCCAAAAUGACGUUCUAUGAUAACUACUUCAUUGGUAAUAUUUUGAACAGGUUCUCGCAAGAUCUGACAAAAGUUGAUGAGCAUUUGCCGCACACUGUAAAUCAUUUUGUCAGGGUGGUCCUCUCAGUUGGUGGUAUAGUAGCAUUGGUAUCAUCGGUUAAUUGGAGAUUCUUGAUCCCUGCAGGUGUCUUGGUGGUUUUACUGGCCCUCUUACAGAGAGUUUACCAACCUGCAGCCAGGAGUCUCAAACGUUUAGAAUCUGCAACUCGUAGCCCACUCAUUGGACACCUAAACGCCACCAUGGAAGGUGUCACCACCAUUAGAGCAUCCAAAGCACAGAAAAUAUUAGUGGAGGAAUUUGACAGACAUCAAGAUCUAUAUACUUCGGCCCACUAUAUGUCUUUCUGUAUCAAAAGAGCCUUUGGAUUCUUUAUGGAUAUGCUAUCCACCAUUUUCGUCACCAUCAUCAUUGGAAAACUACUUUUCUACAAUACUGGCGAAGCAGGUGCUGAUGUAGGAUUAGCCAUCACCAAGGCUUCAGCCUUAGCUAUGCUAGUCCAGUUCGCAUUAUUGCAAUGGUCCGAUCUAGAGAACGACAUGACGUCUGUAGAGAGAGUUCUCGAAUACACCGAAGUACCUCAGGACAACUAUCAAGGUGACAAACCCGAUAACUGGCCUUUGAAAGGUUCAGUUAUGUAUAACAGCGUGUCACUGACCUAUAAAUCAGAGAAGGUAUUAAAAGAUAUUAGUUUUGAAAUCAAACCUAAACAAAAGAUCGGCAUAGUAGGCCGAACAGGCGCCGGGAAAUCUUCAAUUAUAUCUACCUUAUUUAGACUCUACGACUACGAAGGUACCAUUUUGAUAGAUGGUUUAAACAUCAAGACUGUCGACUUGGAAUAUCUGAGGAACCACAUAUCGAUAAUUCCUCAAGAUCCCUUACUGUUCCAAGGAACCAUCCGUCAAAACAUCGAUCCCUACGAUAAAUUUACGGAUAAAGAAAUCUGGGACACCUUGGAGAAGGUUCACAUGCGCGACCACAUUAACAGCCUCGAACUGACCAUCACAGAUCACGGGUCGAACUUCUCAACUGGCCAAAGACAGCUCAUCUGUCUGGCACGAGCCAUCAUCAAGAAAAACAAAAUUGUGGUGUUGGACGAAGCCACGGCCAACAUGGACCCAGAAACCGAGGUGCAGGCUCAGGCUGCGAUUAGACGGAACUUUGCUGAAUGCACCGUGUUCAUUAUUGCUCACCGUUUACAGUCGGUUAUAGAAUGUGAUAAGAUUAUCGUCAUGGAUCAAGGAAAGAUUGUCGAGUUUGAUAAUCCUUUGAAUCUGAUUGAGAACAAGAAGAGUCACUUUGCUCAGAUGUUGGCUACUGACGGAUCAUAUUCGGCUGAAAAAUGAUCAAUAAUCUUUAAGACUACCUAUUUAUAUGAAGCUAGAAUAUUUAAUCAAUAAAUAUAUGUAAAUAAGAGUGUAAUGUUAGAAUAAUGAAUAUUUUUGAUAUAAAUCUCACUAUUUUACUGUGUUAUGUUUAAGAAUAUAUACAAGAGAAUUCUG